CAAGGCUCUGUCAGGAUGUCUAGAAGAAGAAGAGCAGCAGCAGCAGCUUCCAAGGAGGACUCCCAAGCCCUCGAAUACGUUGUGGAGAAGAUACUGGACAAGAGAGUCAGGGACGAGCAGGUGGAGUACUUCCUCAAGUGGGAGGGCUACCCCGAGGAAGACAACACCUGGGAACUGGUCCGACUGGGGUUCGACAGAGGGCUGGAGCCCGAGAAGAUCCUGGGGCGACCGAAUUCCUGGGGAGCAACAUGUUCCCCUCGUCAAGUGGAAGGGCGUUCCCGAGCCGACUUGGUUCCGGCGAAGACUGACGUUCGAUGUCCUCAGUUGGUCAUCCGCUUCUACGAGGAGAGGAUCGUCUGGUUCUCUCCCGCGCCCGGAGGUGGUGGUGGUGACCAGGCCGGGCUAAAAAAGGUCAUCAGAAAUGAAGGCUUUUAG